UUCCCAAAACGUUGGCAUGGAAAAAGUAACAAACCCAAAUAAUCCUGUUGUCUUUUUUGAUGUUUCGAUUGGCAACACUGAUAUUGGAAGGAUAAAAUUUGAGUUGUUUGCUGAUGUUGUUCCAAAAACGGCAGAGAAUUUCAGACAAUUUUGCACAGGAGAAUAUAGGAAGGAUGGAGUGCCAAUGGGAUUCAAAGCCUGUACCUUUCAUAGGGUGAUUAAAGAUUUCAUGGUACAAGGUGGUGACUUUAUAAAGGGAGAUGGCACUGGUGUCUGCAGCAUUUAUGGAGGAGGACCCUUUGCCGACGAAAAUUUUAAACUUAAACACACUGGACCUGGAAUGCUUUCUAUGGCAAACAGCGGCAGAGACACAAAUGGCUGUCAAUUCUUCAUCACGUGUGCAGCGUGUGAUUUCCUAGACAACAAGCAUGUUGUAUUUGGAAAAGUAAUUGAUGGACUACUGGUUUUAAGAAAAAUUGAGAAUGUGCCGACAGGACCAAACAACAAGCCAAAGAUUGCUGUAGUCAUAACGCAGUGUGGGGAAAUGUGAAGCUAAUACAAGUGUAGUACUGUGAAAAUGACUGAUACAGUAUAGUACUGUGAAAAUGACUGAUACAGUAAUAACUUGACAGGACAAUCCUGGAGAUGAAGAACAUGACUGGUUACAAAAGCUAUGUAUAUUCUGACCAUGUUAACAGAGACGUGAAGGGGCAUCAAAACCUCACUUCAGCAGUCAGAAUGAGAUUGAGGUCAUAUGACAUUUUUGUAUCAACAAACUACUUGCAAAUACUAUUUAUUUGUUGUGCAGAAUACCCUCCAGUGCAAAUAAGGGAAAAGAUUAGCCUUUUUUAUACUUUUCACAUGUAUAAUGGUACCACAAUGUGUUCUCUGUUGUUACCAAGCAAAAAAAAAUUUUAAAAACAUGAAUUUUUAUGCCCCGCCAUGAAUAUUCAUGGCCAGGGCAUAUAGUGUUUGUCAUGUCCGUCUUCCGUCUAGCUGUCCUUUUGUCCUUCUGUCUGUCCUUCCGUCACACUUUGUGUUUAGCUCUGUUCAAAGCUAAGUUUCAAAGAAACUAUCCAAGAUAUUUUCAUCAAACUUCAUAUGCUGAUAGAUAUUGAUGAGAGCUAUGCAACUGCAUCAACAUUUUUUUACCUUGACCUUUCCUUUAACCUUGACCUCACUUUUCUUAGUGUUUCGCUUAGUUUUAAAGAUACCAUUCAAGAUAUUUUUAUCAAACUUCAUAUGUUGAUACAUAUUGAUGAGAGAUAUGCAACUGCAUCAACAUUUUUGACCUUGACCUUUCCUUUGACCUUUGACCUCACUUUUCCUAAAUCAGUGUCAAACUUCAUAUGCUGAUACAUACUGAUGUAAGCAAUUCAACUGCAUCAACAAUUUUGACCUUGACCUUUUAUUUGACCUUGACCUUUAUCAAAUUGUGUUUAAGUCAGUUUUAAUUAAAGACAUCAUUUCUAGAUAUUAUUAUCAAACUUCAUAUGUGACACAUAUUUAUGAGAGAUAUGCAACUGCAUCAACAUUUUUGACCUUGACCUGUGCUUUGACAUUGACCUUACUUUUACUAAAUUAGUGUCAAACGUCAUAAGCUUGCUGCUGAUAGAUAUGAGUUUAGCAUUUUAAGUGUAUCAUCAUUUUUUACCUUGACCUUUCAUUUGACCUUGACCUCACUUUUAUCUACUUGUGCUUAAGUCAGUUUUAAAGAAACCAUUU